CGAGUGUAUUUUAGGCCGAAACACCCCGACGGGGGCGUUUGUGUGCGAAGGAAUUUGUUGCCUUUUCUCCUUUCCCUCGGUGUGAAACGCGAUUAUUUUUUUUUCAAGCUUGUGUUACCGACGAACGCAAGAAUGACGGACUAGACGAUGAGCGGCAUGUGAAAUUUGUGUGUUUAAAACAAGAAACAAAGUGGCGAGUGAAAAAUACGAAAACCCUUCAAUGUAUUAUUUACUCGAACAACUACUCCCAAAGUUCCAAAUUUAGAAGAACUUUAUAUUUGUGCCAAUUCAGAAAUAAUCUUUACCAUUACGAUAGCGGUGGCAAAUGAGUUAUGCAUUUUGCGUAUCUAUUCCAAUGUGAAGACACGCAACUCAACUAAUGUGGUCUGAUUGAAGGCAAUAGAAAGUUAAUUUUAAAAUGCUCAAACUGUUAUGAUACAAGAAUAGAUUCUAUGUUUUAUGCGGCGAUUUACGGUUCAUACUUUUUUUUUGGCUAAAUAUUCCAAUGUAGCAGCGCCGUUCACAUCACAGAAUUGGCAUGGUGUAGUAACUGGUAGUAGACACAAAAAGAGAAAUGUUGAGUGUGUGCAUUAGCAGAAGUGUUUUUUGUGGCCGUGUAAUUUCCUAGAUAGAGAAGAGUUUCAACGAAAGGUCCUACUAUAAGCAGUUGUGUCUCGGCCGUUAAAAAAUGACGUGUUUAUUUGUGUUGUGAACUUAAUAUUGGGAGUGUCAUAGCAAUAUUGAAAAUAAUUCUGGUACUGUAAUUAUUUGUUCUACCGCUGUGAAACGGGUGCCUAAUAAUCGCUGCAAUACCGGGUUGUGUGUGUUAAGUAUACAGUGCCGACAAUCCUAUAUGUCUUAUUUGUGAUCCUCGAUAGAUACGUGAAGCGGAUAUUCGACCCAUGGUGAGGUUAUGUUAUUGAAGCUAUGAACAACACUGAGAAUCGUUUUUUGUGUUAUCUUAAACAGUGCCGAUACCGAGACCUAAGUACGGCUUAAGAUUCGAUUGAUUGGCGAGUGGGUUGAAAAUUUCACCAACUCUCCAACUUUACUACUCAAACGCUGACCGUCAUGUCGGUGUACGCAAACUAGGUCAAAUGAUGAUGUGUUUGCAUAUAUAGUGAAGAGUUGACGUGAGAAGAAAAUAAAAUCAGUCACAAAGUGUAUCGCUCACCUCGCUGAUUUGUUGGUCAAGCUACCCUGAACCAAGAAUCGUCGCCACACACCCAAUUUCCAGGGACUCAGCCGAACCAAUUUUACAACAUCUCUAUUUUCGUUGACGUCGUCUUGGUACUACCAUGCACAGUCAGCAUAUCUAUAGUCAAAAAACGGCGAAGCAACAGUGACUAACAAACUCGCAAAUACUGCAGAAACUCCGUGGGUGUGUUUAUUUUUUACUCCUCGAGGUGUGGAUUACAGUAGAUUUUAGUGUGUUCCGAGAAUAAUGCAGAAUAUUUCAAUGACCGGGAUGUUAUUUUAGUGUAUGAUAUGAAGAUGGUGUUGGUGGUGUCAUCACUAUUUCAAGAGAAAUUAUGAGGAUGAGGGAGCAGGGAGAUACAAUGAUUAUGAAGAUGUAGCAUCAGUGCUUGUUGUGCUAUCUGCGCUCGAAAGGAAACUAUGUAACUGUAUGAUAUCAUCACGCACUGUGGUUAACAGUUGAGUUUAAGUGCGAACAUAGAAUGAUUGUCGUUGCUCAGCUGAUAAUAAGCUUCAAUAAAUUUUGUUCUAUGAAACAAGUUCAUUACUUGCAUACAUGAAAGUAUAUCCUCAUCUCUAUGGUUGAAGUUGUAAAUCUUAGUGUUGUGCUUUAAAUUAGUAAAUAAAUUUUAGUAAAUAAUUGAAAUUCGAGUUUCAUAAAAUUGGAAAACACAAAUUAAAGAGCGGUGAUAUUUUACAUACUUUGUGUGGAAAAACAAAUUUUUAUUGUUCUAAGUUUCGACGGCGACGACCAUGUCAUUUCGCGUAGUGAGAAGUUCAAAAUUUCGGCAUGUGUAUGGCCAGGCACUGAAACGCGAACAGUGCUACGAUAAUAUCAGGGUAUCCAAAAGUAGCUGGGAUUCCACGUUUUGCGCAGUCAACCCGAAGUUUCUCGCCAUCAUUGUAGAAUCAGCGGGUGGAGGUGCCUUCAUUGUACUACCCCACAAUAAGGUUGGUCGAAUCGCAGCCGAUCAUGCACUCGUCGGUGGACACAAAGGACCCGUACUAGAUAUUGCCUGGUGCCCGCACAAUGACAACGUGAUUGCAUCCGGAUCUGAAGAUUGUGUCGUCAAGGUAUGGCAAAUACCAGACGGAGGGCUGUCCAGGACUAUGACUGAUCCAGUUGUAGACUUGGUAUACCAUCAACGCAGAGUCGGUCUGGUCCUUUGGCAUCCUUCUGCGUUGAAUGUUCUGCUAACGGCCGGUUCCGAUAAUCUGAUAGUAAUUUGGAAUGUCGGAACCGGUGAAGUGCUGGUACGCAUCGAGUGUCACCCGGACACUAUCUACAGUGCAUGCUGGAAUUGGGACGGCUCACAAUUAGUCACUACUUGCAAAGAUAAGAAAAUUCGCAUACUCAACCCACGGUCCGGAGAAAUUCUGAACGAAGCCAUUGCGCACGAAGGAUCGAAAGCAACACGUGCAAUAUUUCUACGACAUGGUCUCAUCUUCACCACCGGUUUCAAUCGAUCCUCGGAACGACAGUAUUCUUUAAGAGCACCGGAUGCGCUAGGUGAUCCGAUUGUUAUGGUAGACUUGGACACAUCAAACGGUGUAAUGUUCCCUCUGUACGAUCCGGACACAAACCUUAUCUAUCUGUGUGGCAAAGGCGAUUCGGUUAUUCGAUACUUCGAAGUCACGCCAGAGCAACCAUUUGUGCACUACAUCAAUCAGUUCCAAACACCGGAUUCGCAACGAGCUAUCGGAAUGAUGCCAAAACGAGGAUGUGACGUAGCAACUUGCGAAGUGGCACGGUUUUAUCGGCUCAACAACGGAGGUCUAUGUCAAGUGAUCUCAAUGACAGUACCUAGGAAGAGUGAACUUUUCCAGGAAGAUCUAUAUCCAGAUACUCUGGCAGACGAAGCGUCCAUUUCGGCGGAGGAUUGGAUAUCCGGGUCUGAUGCGGAUCCACAGCUAGUAUCAUUGAAAGAACAUGUCUUCCUCGAAAAGGGUGGCUAUGUCUCACAAUCGCAAAGUACACAAUUGACCGUGACGAAAAAAUCGAAUGUGCUGGACAAGAUGCCACCUCGUGGACCAAAGAGCUCUCUAUUAUCUGGAGCACCAUCGGGAGGAUCACCACCGACCGUUACACCAGCAUCGAACGGGUCAUCUCCGGCCAAUGGAACAACCCCGUCUGCAUCGCAGGCAAACACAGUCAAUGCAGUUAGUCAACAACCUGCCCCAGUUAUUAUCAGUGGUGUCUCGGAACAAGCAUUGACUGAUCUUCGAAGUAAGUUUGAAGAUGAAUUCAGGAAGUUAAAGGCAAUCAUUGUCAAACACGAGAACCGCAUUCGAUCUCUUGAGGCCAACAUGAAAGCCAUGGCGGAUCGAGCCUUAACGGAAACGGAAGGUUCCUUACUCAACACCUCAACGCCUUCUCCUACGAUUGCAGCAGCGAAUCAAUCGAGUCAUGAUGACCAUCAUGGCGAUGGUGGCAGUCACUACACCAACACACAUUUGGCACCCGAUGAGGUAUAGACAAACAAUCAAACAAAUAAAGAAAACUGGAGAAUUCAAGCAGUGUACUACAUGCCAAGCAAUGGAACGCUUCCUUUUCGAUCGACGCAUGCUUUUUUAACAAGGUAUGCCAAAGGAAAAAAAACAUACUAGCGCUCAAACAAAACUUUAUUUUUUGAACAUUAUUUUUAAAAUUAUACUAAAACGAAACAGUAAACAAAAGAUUAUUUAUUUGUAAUCAUUUUAUUGCAAACAAAACAAAAGAAUUUUUCUUCCAAAAUUUGUCAAAUGCGAAGAAUAAUGCCUUACUGCUUGAAGCUAAACAACAUACUUAAGAUAUAAUGAAAUGCCUAUAUUUAAUUAAGUGGAGCUAAAAAUCAAAAAAGAAAACAUUGUAAAUUUGAAAUCAAAGCAGGACAGAAUGAAACUUAUUAAUUCAUUUUUA